GCGGUCUCGUCUGAUCCCAGUGGGUCCGGGCCGAACCAGGGCCUAGCAGGUUCGAAGAGAAGAGAGGUGUACUCAGCAGGUCCCUGAUGAACCAAGGGAACCCUCCACCGUAUCCAGGCCCCGGUCCGACGGCUCCAUACCCACCUUAUCCACAGCAACCGAUGGGGCCUGAGGUCUACCCUCCAGGACCUAUGGGGGGACCCUACCCACCUCCUCAGGGGUACCCCUACCAAGGAUACCCACAGUAUGGCUGGCAGGGCGGACCUCAGGAGCCUCCUAAAAGUACAGUGUAUGUGGUGGAAGACCAGAGAAGGGAUGACCUGGGCCCAUCUACCUGCCUCACAGCCUGCUGGACUGCCCUCUGUUGCUGCUGUCUCUGGGAUAUGCUCACCUGACCACCCCGGCUCUCCUGUCCUGCCAGCUCUGCCGCCACCGCCAACAAGUGUGCCUGCCCCCAUCUCUUCUGAUUGCUGAAAUCGAUGACUAGCUCUGCACAGACACUUCUACCUUCAACGCAGUGGGAUUCUAGAUUAGCAGGGGUUGCUGCUGUUUAAUUCAGUGACUUGAUCUUUUUAAUGUUCAGAUCCAUUUAUUGGUCUCUCACAAAUGUGCUAAAUGACUUUCAUUUUUUUGGCCAAAGCCUUAGUGACAAAAUAUAUAUUUAUAAUUUCAAAAUUAUACAUUCAAGGUAGUGGCAUGAUAUAACAUACCACUGAAUGAUUUCUCUGCUAACACCCUGUAUGUUUCAAUAAAUUUGUCUAA